AUGGCGGGGAAAAUGACUUUAUAUAAACUAGUGGUGCUGGGAGAUGGCGGUGUUGGGAAGACGGCCCUCACAAUUCAGCUAUGUCUGAAUCAUUUCGUCGAGAGCUAUGAUCCUACUAUCGAGGACUCCUAUCGCAAGCAGGUCAUGAUAGAUAAACAUGCGUGCAUGCUGGAAGUCCUAGAUACUGCCGGUCAGGAAGAAUAUACAGCGCUUCGCGAUCAAUGGAUCAGAGACGGCGAGGGCUUCAUCCUCGUCUACAGCAUCACUUCGAGAAACUCCUUCACCAGAAUACAAAAGUUCCACGCACAAGUACAACGGGUAAAGGAGUCUGGCCAUCCAAACUCGCCCACUGGCGCAAACUAUCUUCCUUCACAAAUGACUGGCUCACCCAUGUACACCGGCCCUGUGCCAAUCAUGUUGGUCGGUAACAAGAGUGACAAGAACCAUGAGCGUGAGGUGUCCUCUCAAGAGGGCCAGGCAUUGGCACGGGAAUUGGGUUGUGAAUUUGUCGAGGCAUCUGCCAAAAAUUGCAUCAACGUGGAAAAGGCAUUCUAUGAAGUUGUGCGUCAACUGAGAAGACAACGGCAGUCACCGGUGAACCAGAUCGAUCGCAAAGCAUCCAACUACGCAGCUUCUCCGAGCGUCCGAAACAACCAUGACCCAGAUCAUCAACGACUCUAUCGCGACAACGGUAAAAAACGCAGCAAGUGCGUGAUAUUAUGA